CUACCGGUUUGGGUCGCUUUAGUCGUUUUACGUUCUUGAAAUUACUCGCCUUUCCUUUCAUAGUAGAAGUUAGAUUUAUUUUUCUUUCGCUCACGCGAGGCAAGAGUUUGUUCACGGCGAAACUUGAGGUCUGAACUCCAACACUUGGUCAACAAGACGAAGAAAGCCUGGGAGAAUUUUACAAUCGACAAAAUGUCGCCGUAGAGACGCCGUAGGUCAAUUCAUCUGCUCAUUGCUUUCAUCCCCGACAUUUGUUGGCGAAAAGUCUACUCUGCAUGGUUUAUGUACCAAAGCUCUUCCAAGAGUAUGGUUUCUUUUCAUUGUAAAAGACUUUGGUGACAAAUGACAGUUACCAACGUAAACUACUAAAGAAAAAACGUGGAUGACGUGAGCCUUUAAGAUGGUAAGUGAAAUGGGUGAUUUUAUGAACUGGAGAAUCCUUCUUCGGACAUAUUGCUAAAAGUGUAUUUAGGCUUUAGUUGAUUUAAAGCUUAUUUUCAUCUACGUUCUAAAGUUGUGCGUGGGUGAUCAAGAUGCUUGCUGUGCCGUAUUAAAUGAUGAUGAGAUCCUAAAAGUCAGUCCCAUUUCAGCAUAUAUGUCACCCCUAAUCAAAAAAUAUUCACUGGCUUGUGGCCUAUUAAUGGGUUGUUUUGCUUGUAGUGUCUUGGAAUGUUUCAACAAAAUCAGGACACUUGGGAGAGACUUAUAGGGCCAAAGUGCCUAUUAUGGACACUGAUAGCCUGCGUAGCUGGCACAAAAAAGAGGAAGGGGAGAGAAAAGUGCAAAAGGUUUGAAUGUGAAGUCACUGCCUCAUCGGCAUAAAUUUUGAUCUUCCAAAGCUUGUGCCAAUAAACCACAGUUCUUUUGAUACCUGCAUCAUGGUUGUUUCAUAAUAUUUUAACACAUGUCAAUAAGUUACUUAGUGUGGCCCAGCCAAUCAGAAGAUUGCAGAUGCCAGCAGCAACAAAAAAUGAACAAAAGGGGGCUCUUAUUACAGGCAUCCAUUCCCUCCUCUCCCCUUUGACUUUUUCCCUCCCUUUCUCCCCAUCCCCUUUUGAGGUGUGCCACACAGGCUCAGACACUGACCAAUGAGGAUGUAGUCAUCUCCAUUUUGAGAAGUUUAGGCCAGUCUAGAUGUACCCUUCAAGCAGAGGCUACUUUUCCACCAAUUUACUGGUGAGUGAAAAGUGUCCUCUGCUGACAACUGUCCAUUCCCAUCCAGAAAUUUGGACAAAUUAAUUAAAAAAUGUGGAUUCUAACCAGUUCUAGUCAUAAAGUCAUAUUAACUGAAAUGUACAUAAAUUCUCAGUCUUCAGAUGCAGCGUCACUUCAUGCCUUGGAGCUUCUUAUGAAUGAAUUCUUUGAUGCUUCUACCAAUAACCAUCGGAAAAGAGAAAUAGGUGUGUUAAUUUGUAUUUUGUUGAAAAGAAAGAUUGUUGAUUUUCAUGUACUGAACAUAGACCUAUUCAGCUAACUCAGUGUUGUACCCAAUUCAAAUCUCCCAGUUUUAAGAUUCUUUGUGUAUUGUAUUUGCAUUGUAAUGUGGCAUUCUCAUUUAAAUCAUAUGGAAAUUCCUGAAACAAAACCUUUUAUUCCCAAAGGGUUUGAAUUGGAUACAACAUUGAGUUAGCCGAACAGGUCUGUUGUGAGGAAUAACCAACUGAUCUUCCUUAUUUCUUUGAGACUAUCAUCACCAUCAUCAUCAUCAUCAUCAUCAUCAUCAAUCUUUAUUUAUACACGAAAUCAUAUAAAUUUUUAAAUGGACUUCCUAGGAAUUGUGUGUAAAAUUAGACUAAAAUACUCUAACGAACUACUUGACUAUAAAGUUAAAAAUGCAAAAACGUAUUAUAAUAAGAGUUACAAUGAGUCAUGGUGUAUUAAGAUAAUCUUUCCCAUGAAAUGGAGUUUUAAAAACACUUAAACAAGGCAGGUUUCUACUUGUUCCACAGGGCUAAUCUUCCAAUCAGCCAUAUGAUACCCUUAAUCAAAUUUUCCAAAAUACCCUUGGCAUUUUUAGUUGGCACAAGCAAACCUCUUUCCAGUCUUCACAGUGUCUACUGUGUCCAUAAUCGAUUUGUGACAAUGCAUCCGUAUCAAGCUUGUUCAGGCGGUCCUGCCUCAUGAUGCUUCUUAGGUAGUUCUUGAGUUGUCUAAGGGCAGAAAAUGUGUGCUCUUAAGUCGCCGAUUUCACAGGUAAUGCCAAAUACAUCUGUAAAAGUCUUUUUUCGGCACCAAAACAUGGGUGGGCUCUGCCCCCCAAAAUUUUUGAUGGGGGGCUACCCCCCCCCCCCCCCCCCCCCCCCCUCUCCCCCCUCGAAAACCAUUUUUUUUUUUCUUAAGGGGAAAUUUUUUUUUCCUAUAUAACAUUUCCCCAUUUCCUUUUUUUUUUAUAAAAAAAAAACAAAAAUAUUGGGGGGCCCCCCCCCCCCCCCCCCUGCCCCCCUGCUCUGCUGCCUAUGAAAGCUUAUUGUGUUUAUUCUAAGUGAAAUUAUUGGUGCCAUCUAAAACUGUCAGCAAUUACUUCUUUAUUUCAGAACAAGUACUACAAAAUUUCAGUCAGCAGUCAGGAGCAUGGCACCACUGUGUGUAUUUUUUGAACAACUGUUCAAACCAGUAUGUUCUGAUGUAUGCAAUUUCAGUGUUUGAGGUAAGGAACAUACUAGAAUAUAAUGAAUAAAAUAAUAAAUUAAUUUAAUUGUAGAACAUCUACUAAGUGUCUCUUAACCUAAUCUACCUAUUCCUAACCAAACUGGAGUUUAGAAAUGUUGAUUUUUAAAGAGAGGGACAAACAAAAGUAUUUUGAGGAGAACUAUUGGAGCAAUGAUGGGAACCUAACCCAAACUCAGCCUACACAUGUUUUUUUUUCUUAAUUUUAUAAAUCUUUAUUGUACGUUCACACACACAUCAGUUACAUACUUUACAGUAACCAGUAACUAAAAUAAAAGUAAGUAAAUAAAUAAAAACAAAAGGCUAAACAGGAAGCUACAUACAUUGUAACAGACUAGUUGUAACAACUCAAAAAAAAAAAAACAUUAAUUAAGCAGGUGAGAUUUUUACUGAAAAGGGUAUCCUUAAGUAUGUAAAUUUUCAUUAUUUGCAAUUUUCCAUUGGGCUAGUACUUGUGUUGCUAAAUCAGAGGAAUUGGUUCAUGAUUAUGAACCCAAGCCACACUGAUGGAAGGCAAACGCUCUCCUAGGCACCCAUGCCCCCAUUGCGUACCCCAAAAUAGUUUGACUGAAUUUAUUGUAAUAAAAAAGUACCUUAUACACCGAAUGCAAAUAUGGUGGAUCUCUCGUUCGGCCCGGGUCUAGCUGCGCGAAAGCGAGGCUAGUGAGGCCUCGAGAGUUAUGUUUUGACUGCGCGUCAUGGUGAUUGAGUCGAUCAAUACGGUUUCCUUCGAGUUGUUACGUGCUUAAGAGCCAUCAAAGAGUAGAUUUAACUCCAGCAGGAACGAAAGUUGAUUAUCUGUGCUUUGCCAAGGUUCUUUACGAAGAAAGAAACGGAUUCAAGCGAUUCGGCAUGGCGAAUGGAGGCACUUUACUAUCACAGAGUUAAAAGAACAAAAGUGUGCCUGCUUCACUUCAGAAGGGAAGACUCACAAAACUAUUAGAAUGGGCGAAUAACUGAGAGAUUCAUAGUUCUGUUUCAAGUUUGCUUUGUCCGUUCUCUUACCAAGGAAAGGUAAACGUCUUCGAGAACAAGUGAAUCCGCCGUCGCGACUUACCAAUCUUUAGUUCUCAGAGACACAACGACAGACAACGAGGCCGAAUGUUUUCACAGUCUUCACGCUCCUGUGUUCACGAGUUUGAGCAGUGCCAUCAAAGAAACAUUUUUUGGAAUAUUGCUGUUAGUUUAUCUCGAAACCAAUUGACAAGUUGCUAAAAUAGAUCACGCGCAAGGUCAAAUACAAUGCUUGAAUACUUGCACGCUCUCUCUCUGCCAGAACGUUUCUCCUUCUUCUUACUUUCUUAGUUCCCAUCGUUUCCUCUGUUAGUUUUUUCAGUGCACUUUGAUCAAGGACUGUUCUUGAAAUAUGCCGCUUUCUUCUGGUUCUUACAUAGUUUCACAGGCCACGCUUGUAGGAUUAACAGGUGAUUCUUAUUCUUGUGUCGCAUUCACACUUGUCACUAUUAUUAUAUUUUAAUGCAGCUGUUUUCAGCGUGAAAUCUAAAAGAUUUUACAGUCAACAGCGGAUGUUCCCAUUCUCGAGAAUGUUUACCUUUUGUUGGAUAAAUAACAGACCAUGCAAACAUCUUGGAACAGCACCAUCUCUUGCGAAAAUUAUUUCAUUCAAAUACUUUCGUAAGUCCUCUCUUCUAAAGUAAGUGAAGCGAGCACACUUUCGCUGUAAACUGUUUCCAUCGCCGCGCCGGAUCGCAUGAAUCCUUUACUUUCUUUGUGAAAAGAUCUCGGGAAAGUAGAGGCUGUUCCAGCUAGAGUAAAAUUUUCUUUUUGGUGGCUCUCAGGCACGCAAUAACUUGAAGCAAACCAUAUCGAUCGACUCAAUCGCUAAGACUCGCAGUCAAAACAAAACUCUUGGGGCCUCACUAGCCUUGCUUUCGCGCAACUAGACCCGGGCCGGCCGAGAGGUCCGCCAUAUUUGCAUUCGGUGUAUAUCUGAAUAGCAAUUUGGCAAUAAUAAAUUAUUCUCUCUUUUGUCCGAAGAGAAAACAGGAGAAUUUGGAGAAAAUCUCCAUAACAUGGAUUUCAGAACCUACCAAAAACACAACUCACAUUUGAAUGUUUGGGCACCUGCAGACUGGCCCAACCAUGUACUGAAAUACUAAAGAGAGGAGAAGUCAUUACAUCACAUUGCCAUGGUAUCAAAAUGUUUUUGUCCUAACAGACCAUGGUCCUGCAAAAUAUAGCAGAAAAAAAUGAAAAGAUUGACAUGGAUGACUUGUCUGUAUAUGAUUGCAGUCUCAUGGACAAAGCGGUAGCCUAAACCUCAUCUAUCAUUUGACAAUUUAAAUAAAAUAGCCAUCUCUGUCAAGAAAAAUUGUUGAGAUACAGAAUUAUUGCUGCCAUGGUGAUCUGACAUCACACUUCUCCUCUCUUUUGUCAUUCCUGCACCUGCCUCAUGGAGUGUUCAUCAGGGUGCAAAGAAAAUCAUUUUUACAGCUUGCCAUUCAGGGAAGCUGAAGCUGGCAUUUACUAGCCCAGACGUCAUUUCAACUAGCCCCAAAAGCUUUUCGUCGAGCAGAAUUGAUUUCACACUUCUCCUGUUAUUAGAAUUCCUCAAAGAACAUCACUUGCAAGUUAAAAACAGAUUUCACUAGCCCGAUAGCAAAAUCCACUAGCCCCGGGCUAUUGGACACUACUUUCUUUGCACGCUGGUUCAUGAAGCAUCAUGGUUAUGAAUGAGCAAUAAUUUCAACUUAUUUACUGACAACCUCAUGGAUAUACCAAGUGUCAUUUUAUUUACUGUUCACUUCUUACAGAACUUAAUAAAUAAACAGUGGAUAGGAGCACUACCAGAGGACAAGACUGAAGUCCGACGAUUUCUCAAUGAGUAUCUUCUGUCACACCACAAGAAGCUACCAGGGUACAUUAGAAACAAGCUUGUAAAAGUGAUUGUGGACAUCGGACGGGUUGACUGGCCUCACUUCUACCCUAAUUUUUUGUCAAACAUCGUUGAGGUAAGCAGACAUAAACUAAGAAUGGAAUCAUAAUUAGAUGAAAAAUUAUUCUUGCAUUUAUGAAUGCACCUUAUGCAAUAAUAUUGCAAAAAAAUUGCGAAGACAAUAAUAAUUAUUUUUUGUUGCAUGAGUCAUACUUAUAGAACAUAUAAUUCCUCAAUUAAGGUGUCUGAACACAGUUUUGGCAGUUUAUGAGUAUCAUGGCAAGAGAAAGGUUGCAGCUCACAAGCUGAAACUUGGCAAGUGAAAAAUACACUGAUGAAAAAUUUUGAUUGACAGGUAAAAUUUGACCUUUUCCUAGUUUCCAUGGCAACAUGAGCGAUUGAAUACAGCCUUAAAAUUUCACUUUUGCUCAGUUUACAUAAAAUUCGCUCAUUAGAUUUUCCUAUAAACUUGCACACAGCUUACUAUAAUAAUUAAUCAUUAUCAUUUGGAGCUUAUUUUACCAAAUUUUAACAGAAGGGAUUUUAGAUAAUCAAUAAUAGAAUGGUACUGUAAUUAUUAAAUGUAUCACAAAUUUCAUCUGUUCAACUUCCAUUUUAAAGUUCUCAUUAUUUAAAAUACAAUAAAAGUAAAAACUCUGCUAAAUAUCACAAAAUUUUAAUGAGUAGAUCUUGAGAAAUCGCCUUCUGUGUACCAUUGCUUUUUCGACGCCAUGUUUGUUUGUCUAAUUAACCACGCGCAGUCAUGCUAGUUACCGCUGACUGCCUGCAAAACUAUGUUCAGCCACCUUAAGCUGCUUCCAAGGUCAAUAGCCUCAUUGCUCAGUGGUUCAAGUCCUGUUUAAGUCCUUUUUUUAAAGGUUUCACUUUGCAAUCACUUAUUAGUAAAUAAACAUUCACAACUGGGAGGAACAUUCUUGACCCAGUUUCUUAUCGAUCUGCAAUUCAUAUCAGAUUUAUUUCAUUCACGUCAAUUCAGAAUCAUUGGUUUAAUUUCCUUUUAGGACGUGAAUUUCAAGAGUACAUGUAUAAGUUGUCAUGUGACAUCUACCUGUAAUCAACCAUUCUUUUAUUAUUACAGAUGCUUCAGCAACCCUCAACAACAACUCUAGGCUUGAUCAUGCUUCAAACAACAUCAGAAGAAAUGGCAUCCCCUAGGGAGGAUUUGAGUAUUGCAAGGAAAACAGAAGUACAUAGACUUUUACUCAAUGAAGUUCCAGGAAUCCUCUCUUUAUUAACACAUUUAUUGGACAGAGUAUUGGAAAAACAUCGCCGACUUGCAACGACUGUUACCCCACCUCCUUCUCCUACUCAAGGGAUGUCUCCAGUUCGAAGUGCUAGUCCUUCAAUGGCAGGAGCAGAGUCAUUAACCAUGUUUUCAUCUUCAUCCAAAGACCAGACACUUCAACAGCCUGGAAGUAGUAGUCUUGUGGGAAGGUUAUUGAGUAAUUCACCCAUGAAAUCAAGACAGAAUUUAGGGCAUCCACUGCCACCGUUAGACUCUGAAUCUGAGGAAAUUAGUUCUAUGGCAUUAAAGUGUUUAGGACAUCUUUUUAGUUGGAUACCCCUCUCCACAACUAUUACACCAUCCCUUGUCUCUACGGUGUUUUACCUUGCGGAGUUUGGUUGCAAUGUGGUGACGUCAAAUUCCAGCAGUAGUGUUGUGGGAAAUGCAGAAUUAGGUAAGUAAGGGGUUUCAACAAGCACUGAGGACUGAAAAUAUGCGUCGGUUACUUUUUUUCCCCCAAAAAAAAUGAAGCAAAAAAUAUAUCAAUAUCUAAAUAAAAACUUUAUUUGUGAUGUGUUUUCAUAGAGGCCCAGUCGGUUUAUGUUAGAUCUCAGUUAUGCAAACACAAUCUUUCAGUCAUUUGUUCACACGUUUCUUUAUAGGUUUACGUAGAAUGUGCCUAUGUGCAAAUAUACAUAAUUUUGAUUAUCGUCACUUGUUCAUUGCUUGUAGGAGUUGAUUGUGUGGCCGAUAAACCAAAACUUGAAGCUGAAUUGAAUGAAAAACAUGCUCUUUUGUACUCAGAACAAUAGAAAUCACAUUUAUUUUUAAGGUUUUGGGAUUUGAAAAUUUUGCGGGGGAGCAUGCCCCCAAAUCCGCUUAGACUAAUAGUGAUGAUGAUAGUGAUGAUAUUGACUACAGGUUUAUUAUUGUUACUGUUUUUACUAUUAUUGGUAUAAAAAAAGAAUUAUCCUCUUCAUUGUGCUACCACUUGUAAAAAUAAAUUGCUGGGUUCUUUCUUGAAGUUAAGUCAAGUCACAACCAGUGACUUGAGGAUUCAAGGAUUUUCCUUGGUACUCUAGAAGUACCUAGAAGAUGAAAAGGAUAACAUUAUAUUAUCAAAAAAUUUUUGUAAAGGUGUUUCAGAAAAUCUGGUUGAAGUCCAACCUCUAGCUUUCACUUUUUCAUUUUUAACAAUGUCGAUCCUCAUAUCUACAGACUUACCGCUGCUUACAUACAUUCAUGUAUGGAAUACAGACAAAAACUUGUCCUUUAUUAUAUUAUAGCCUUUGUUUUGGUUUAGGAUUUAUAAUAACGUGGGAAUACUGAAAUAAAGUUGUUGUUGUUGUUACUUUUGCUUAUAGUAUACUUUACCCAGAGAAAAUGUUGGGUUGUACGUUCCUCCAAGGACAUGAAUAAGCUAAAACUUACAGUAAUACAUAUAAAUGUGAGGUUGUCCAAAAAAAAAAAACAGAAAUAUAAUUUUCCUUUGUUUUUUGCAGGUAUCUUAGCAAUGUCAUGUAUAAAUGAGUUACUCUCCAAGAAUUGUGUACCAGUGGAAUUUGAAGAGUUUUUACUGAAGUUAUUUCAACAGACAUUUCAAUUGUUACAAAGAAUUACAAAAGACACUGGUGCUCAGGCUGUGGAAAACAUGCUCACAGAACAAGAUGAAGGGUAAGGUUUACAAUUUGGGAUACCAUCCCAUUUGCUAGUUGUCUAUAAAUUAUAUCUAUGUGUAUUGCAAAUACAUACCUCUUAUUAGCCGAGUUUUCAGCCUGUACUGUAAAUUAUGGAUUUAUGGCCCAAGCGUGAAGCACGCGGGCAAUAAAUCGAAGGAAAAAAACGAGGCUGGCUUCUUCCAGUUUGGGGGACUGGAAACAAGUGCAGGACGCGCGAUUUGACAAUCAUUUGACAGGCGUCAAGAAAGAAAGUUUUUAUUGGCUCACGAAAACAAUAGCACACAACAAAGGGUUUCCGAGAAAGUGAAAACAAAUUCGCCAUGUUGAAAAAGUUUAUUUGGUCAAAACUAAGAGCUCUGAAAGUUUUAGCUCUUUAAUGUAACGCUGGAGUAUUUUGGAAACUGGGCACUGUGUCUUUCUCGAAGUCGUUUCCAUCUUUCCUCCGUUGGUCCUUGUAAAAAAAAAACACUGCAAAAGGCAAAGAAGCUUUUCAAGGUAAGUUUGUGAUAAUUGUCGAAGGAUUCGCUCAUUAAUUUUUUUGGGAAAACCUCUCCAAUUUUUGCCAGUUCAUUGUUCGUCUUCAAGCGUGAUCUGCGUUAAAAUUUCAAACACAGACCUUAUUUUAUGGCUCUGAAUAAAGAGCACAAUUUACUUACUACAGCAAGAAAGGGCUGUUUUUAUACUGUCAAACCUAGUGAAGCAUAUCCCCUUAGAAUCAAUUCAUGAAUUGACUGUUUGAACAUUUUAUCAAAUCUGCUAGCUAUUGCCCCACUACUAUUGAAUCCAAUCUGCAUUCCUGCAUUCAUAAUGAAAGCAUUGAAUUUUAGACUACUUACAACUUCACAGUUUUCAGUCAGUUUCAAAAAUCUCUCAGACUUUUGCAUUAAUUGUAAGAUUUCUUUGAAUACAUUUGCACUUGAUUUCCAAAAAACUGGGCUGGCAGAUAUUUCUUUUAACUUAAAUUGUGUGUGAAUUCACUGCUCUUUCCAUAUGCAGGAAUAAAGAAAUGAAUCUGGUAGCAACAAUGAGUUGUGGUUUGAGUAUUGAAAGAGUCCAUUUUUAGAAUCUAAGGGAGUGCACUUGUUCAUGUGUAAAAUAAUGUUGAUUCAAAAAUUAUAAAUAAAAAAUUAUUAACAUUGACUGUAACACAAUGUGUAUUUUGUUUUACAGUUAUUUAAGUAAGUUCACAGAGUUUUUAAGACUGUUUGUAAGCAUUCACCUGCGAAGAUUUGAAAACAGCUCACACUUUCCUGUACUGGAAUUACUGACUCUGCUUUUCAAAUACACAUUUAAACAGGUAAUAUUAUUACUAAUGAUAAUGUAAAUGCAUACUGCCUUUAAUAUGUGUCAUAGCCUGUGCCACAGACUUAAUGGAACCCUGGUUAGUAAUGUCUGCAAAGCAGCGCUGAUAUCCUUGUUCUGGGCCCCCAAUGGACUCAAAGAAUUACUGGAAAUGCAUUUAGAAUUUCUCCACAACCUGACUGGCAAAUUGACAAUGUCUUUUUUAACAGGCCAAUCAUGAUGUGUACUCAAAUCUUGUUACACAGGUGGGAGCCUAGACCAAGGAUUUUGGCACUGGUUAUUUCUGGUUAUUUCUAAGACGAAAUAACCAGAAGUUUAGUUCUGUCUGUGGUGCAGGCUAAUAUGUGAUUACUAAAUAAUAAACAAGUAGAUUUCAUGUUGUAGAUUUUAUGUGUCUGUUACCAAUUUUUGUGGUAAGAACAAAAACGUACAUGUAGCACACAGGCUGCAUGUAAAUGUGACAUCUUCGUCUGUUAUCUAUUACUGAAGAGAUGCAUGAGAAAAUUGAAUCUAUUUUUUGUAUAAUGAAGAGAAAAAAAUUCAAACUUGCCUCACAGCACUCAACUGUUUGAGAUUUGUUUAAGUUUAGUGCAUGUGUUUUUUAUGUUGUUGAGAAGCGUUUUAUCUGGAUCUUCUUAACCCUUGCUAAACCGUUUUAGAGGCUUUCACUUACUCAACAGGGCAGUCACCAAGAUUUCAAUUUGGUGGGUAAAUACAACAAGUACGUGGGGAAUCAAACAGCUAGGGAUUUCUUUUGAUUCUAUUGUUCUUCUAUUUUCCAAUGAAAGUAGCCGGGAAUCACAUGCAUAGUAGCAGGGGAAAUCCCCAGCCCCCAACUCUUUAUGACAGCCGUGCAUAUAAUCUGGAAUGAAGUUGUGUAAUGUGCAACCUUUUUCAAAAUGGUACACAUGUAGAGCAAAUGAAGGGCGUAAUUUUUUGUUGUUGUCAGCCAUGAGUGUAUACUCUGACGGAUCAUGGGUGACUAACAACAGUAUUGAUAACAGCAUGUGCAACGUUCAUUGUGUUGUACAAGGCUUUGUUAUCAGUGUUUAUAUUUUUUGUAUUUUCAGCCCCAGUUGGAGGGCUUCUUUGCCUGCUUGGAUAUUUGGACUGUUUUUCUAGACUACCUUAUUGGGAAAGUGGCAAAUGCAAGAAGCGAUAAACUGGCUGAGGCUGAAGCUACUGUCAGCAGGUCAGUACUUACAUACAAUACAUUGCUUUUUUGUAGUGAAAGUUGGCAUGUACUUUGAUAAAAAAUUAAUGUUAAAUUAAGAAGUCUUCUGAGCUUUAAGUCUUGUUAUUGGUACAACAUCUGAAUAUUUAGGUCCAGUUAUUAAAACAACAUUAUUUAUAGCCACUGUUUUGUGCCAAAAAGUUAUAGUUUUGGCAGAAAUUUCAUAUUUUAUUAGGUUCAAGAAGGUUAGACUUCCGGGUGAGGGACUCCGCAUAUCAAAGGGGUGGGGAUGCUUGUCGUCUUGCUUAGGGGUGUAAAUUUCGGAUUUUGGUCUCACUUAGGGUGUUCUGGGCAAAAUGGCAUCAUAUUUAGCCAUGAAGGUCUCAUUUAGGGUCGCAUGCGAAAAAUAUAAAUAUAAUAUAUUGUCUGUGUUUCAACAUGGUCUCUUUUAGGGGUCAAAAAAGGCUUGGGCCACGCCCAGAUUGGUCUCCUUUAGGGGUUUAAUUCAAAAUUUUCGACGAGCAUCCCCACCCCUUUCAUAUGCUGAGUUCCCCCCAGGGUUAGACUCCCUGCAGAUUAUCCUUGUGCUCAGAAACUCGGGUUUGGCUGUGUAUGUAACAAAUCAGAGUACCUAAUUCAUUACUUGUUUGAAGUACAGGGUAACCAUUUCAGUUGAAGACUGCGAGAAGAAGACAGUAGUUUUUGUAUCAGUAUUCCCUUAUUAUACUCACAUGGCAGGUACAAGGAAGUUCUACUAAUGCUGUUAACUGAGCUGCUAAAGAAGAUGCAGUUCAGACAUAAUGAGAGCCAGCUACAGGAACUUGAUGACGAAAGUGUGGAUGAUGAUGUAUGUAAACUCUUUAAUUGCGAGUAUUGCAAGAAAGCCUUAUAAAAUUACAGCAGGUUGACCAUAGGUUAAUACAGCAGCAAAGUUUGGAAGAAAGAACAGGAUUUAGGAUUUUCUUAUGUCUGAAUGAUAAUAAAUUUUAUUAUUAUAAUUAGGAUAGACGUGAUGCAUGCAGUGAGAGCUGACUUUCUUUGCAGUAGAUAAAUGUCCUAAAAAUUGGUACCAUUGUAGCAUAGACUGCUACAUAGACUGGUAAACCAUUUACCGGUUCCUCCUUGCUCACUUUGACCCACAAGCAUGAAAGAAAAUUGCAAAGAGUCGAGAAGUUUAUUAGACAUUUCUUGUGGCUUUAUCCCAAGCAUCUCUUAACAUGUAUGUAACAAAAAUUCAACAGUUUUCAAUAGUCUAGACCAUACAAAAGAGGUCAAAAUGUCCAAAACCAAAGUGGAACUGCAAGCUGCAGCCAAGUGUUUCAUUGCAACAUUUUUACAUAAUUUCUGUGGUCUAUAAAAAAUUGCAUCAUCGUCACACCAUUUCCAUGGUCAAUACACUGUGCUCUCAUAGACCAUAGCUCUUGAUCAGUCAGCACACCAGAGAUCGCUUAGUUAUUGUAAAAUUAUUUUCUGUUUGGUUCUGUUUCAGUCCGAGACAGAGUGGCAAGGGUUUCAAAGGCAUUGCUUGGAAAUUGUGGCCAAGUUAGCUGAGCUGCUACCUGGAGAAACCUUCUCUUUAUUGGUAAUGAUUGACUUUAUGUGUGUUGGUUUUCUUGUACUUGCACAGAGGUUGAUCAGUGAAAUCAAUUUUUCAACAAUAAUAAUGUUGUGUUGUUCAAAUAAUAUUUAUAUUACAAUUGGUGGCUGGGUGCAUAAGAAUGUGGUGUCUGGAACCAUCAACCUAAUGUAAAUUCAUCAACUAAAAUGAACUGGGGGGAAGUGCUCAAAAGGCUGUUGGAGCCUGGAAGUGAGCUGAGUGAAACCUUGACAACCAUGUGAAUGGCAUUGCACUGUCACACUGCUAACCACUGGAACCUGGCACACUUACCAUAUUACACUUAUCAAAGGAAGGGAAGGGUAGGAAGCAACGACGUGCUAAUGAGCAUGAGCCAUGAAAGGCAAUGGGAGCACAAGGGGCUGACAUCAUCCAAAAAGCUGUAAAAACCCAAAGGCCCAUGGCAUGCCCCCUGAAAAUCACAUUUGAGAGACUGCUGGUCAGCAUUAUCUCGAGUUAACUUAGCCUAUAUUUUAUUUAAUAGCCACAUUAAAACUGAAAUUAGACCCCACAAAUCAGUCCAGUGGUGAGCGCUGCUGUUGGCAGUCAAUAAAACAAGUAACACAUGUAGCCACCCAACAAUGAAAACUGGAAGGGAAGUCUUAUGUUUUGACUGCAGGACCAAUCAUUUUUUUUAAUGAAACAAAGUACUGUCAACUCUCAUCUCUCUCAAAGACAGAUGCCACAAGGACCAGUACUUUGAGCAACCUGAUUUCUCAGGGUUUUAUUUUAUGCAUUGCUGUUUUUUAUUUUCAGUUCCCCUUGUUCAGUGAAUAUUGUGAUGUUUAUGUUGGCCUUGGAAAAUAUGUCACAAAAUCUCCUCAUGGUAGGUUUCGUUUUUGUCAGUUCCCUAUUUCUGAUAACACAGGAACCAUCCAUAAAUGUUAAAUUUUAUGGCCAAUUUUCAAGUCUAACAAUAUUGAAAUAAUCAUGAAUGUCACCAUAAAUUGAUUUGUGUCAGAAAAAACUUUCAUGUUUUUGUGUUUUUUUUUUGGUUGUUUGUUUUGAUAGGUUUUUUAAAAACUUGUAGUUUGCAACAGCAAACUGUUACCAGUCAAAGGGAGAAAAAUGUCUUGACUGUGUAGUUUUCGAAAUAAUCUGUGUUGGUGCAGACGAGAGGUAUUCAUUUAAAGAAAACACACAGUUUGGCUCCUUUGGUCAUUUUUAUUAGAGCUUGCUUACAAUGUAAAUUUUUUCCACUCUCACCCCCUUAUUUUUAGACCAAACUGAGGCCCGAAGGGCAGGAAAAAAUUUAUGGUUCUGGGAAACUGCCCACCUACCCCUCCCUUAACUCAAUGUUAACAUUUACAUCUCACUUGGGGAAAAAUGUUGGGUAAGAGGAGGGGUAGGUAGGCAGUUUCCCAGAAACCUAAAUUGAUCCACAUUCUUCAUUAAAAAUGCUCCAUAAUUAUUCUCUGUGGCUGUGUGCAGUUAUUGAUUUAUUUUGAAUUAGUGCAAAAUAUUCUUCGAUCUGUUCUUAUAUGUAGGUCUUCACCUUAGUAUUACUGCAGAGAGUGAGUGCCGUCAUUUACACUGCACACUCAGAGAUUUGACCACUAUGGAGCGUGCUUUGGGACGUCUGUCUGAACAUUUUAUUGGUGAAGUGAAUUUUGCCAACAGAUUCAAUGAUGGAGAGGCUAUAGUUGAGAGACUUGGACAAAUCUCAUUAUUUGGUACACAAAGUCAAAUGUAUGCAGUCCACACGGCUGUUCCUAAUGUACUACAACAGGAUUUUACUGAAGUGUGAGUAACAGUAUCCUUCCACUGCCAUGUGUUUUGUCUUACUAUACGCACAGUAACUCGCAAAUAAGCUAGCAUUAUAUAAAUGCAUUGUUAAAUCCUUAUUUGAUCUGUUUUUGAUUAUUUUUUAUCAUCUCUGCACACAUACCAAGUGAACGAUAGUGGCUACUGAAGGAAUUUAGCAAAGAUGGGUUAGUGAUCAUGGCCACAGGGGAGAUGGGUCUUACAGUCUAAGAUGUCUUUGUACUCCCAUCAAAAUGGCAAGAUCUUGGUUCAAUUCAGUUUGUUUUAUAUAAGAUGGGGCCACAAAGCAUCAAGCACUCCCCAAACCUUACUGAGUGGAAGUAGCAUUGAAAGAAAUUCAUACAUUCUACGAUGUACAAUGCAGUCCAUCUAUCUAUCAGUCAAAUCUUGAAGUUACAUUGGAUCUUGACUUUAAAGGAAAAUUGAGAAAUGAUAAUCUUUCCCAUAGAGAACAUAGUCAAUGUUCUCCCUAAAUUUUAGCUCAGGAGGUAAGGGACCUUUCCUACUGGUUUCGAAAUCAUUCGAAAAUACACAGAAAAUUUUAGAAGGAUUUGUAUGGACUCAUCAAAGCAUAGCAGUGCUUUUAUCUCCCCACCAAUUUACACUAACAAGCUGAUUUUUGGCAAGGGUUUUUUUUCCCUCUUGUUCUUUCUAAAAUCACUAUGCCAACCAAUCCCAUAAUUUCACAAUGUCAUUUCUGUGAUGUCAUCACUUCUCUUUACUCUUUAAGAGAAACGUACUGUAUCAGUGAUUAGUAUCAAAUUUCUCCUUGUAAUGUCAAUGCUUUAAAAAAACACAUUGGAGAUGAGAAGUUAGGACAUGAUCCUACAAGAUGAAUCUAACAGAUACUUCAAAUUCUCCCCACUAUUAUAGGAAAUGUAUAGGGACAAAAAUGUGAAUCUGAAUUUUGAUAUUUGGGUUCUUUAUUGUAAUAGCCAUGCUCAAGGACUGGCUGCCUUGCAAGCUUACUGUCACUGGAUGGCUCAGUAUUACUUGGAAACUCACAGGCAACAACAACACCAGGAAAAGUUUGUCAAGCUCAUCUCCAAUGCUGUUGAUGCAUUAAUACCUUUAUUGAAUAAAGAAGUAAGUUUGAUUUGUGUGACAAAGUUUGUCUCUGAUGUGUGUCCGUAUAUCAUAACCAGGUGGCACUUUUGAGACUGCAGUGCGUAUACAAGAUUUUAAGCCUUACCUUUGACAUUCUAAUACCAGCGUGGUUUUCUUGGGAGUAAGCUAUUCAAAUACCCUGAGGAUUCUCUCAUAUUCAUAUUGCACAGUUACAAAUUAGAAAGAUUAUGAGGUUUAAGACUUACAGCGUAGCAAAAAUAAUAAACAGCAAUUUUACAUUGUCUAUUAAUAGCUUGAAGAAUGGAAAAUUGGUUUCAUUGUUUUUUACAAUUGUUCAAUAGCAUUUAACAUGUUAAACAUGCAUUUCUGGCAAGGUUGUUUGGAAAGUUUCACAUGAAAAACUGAGAAAAACAAAUUGCACCAUGAUUACAUCAUUUUGGAGCCAAACUGUCAUAGACUUUGUAUCUCUCAACCAAUCAGCAUUUCAAAAAAUCAUUUAGUUAUUUUGAAAAUAUAUUUCUUUCAGGUUCCCCAAAGGAUUUCUCUACCUGCCUCACACCUGCUGAAUUCUUUAGCGUCUACUGUGCGUCCUUCAUUCAUGACAGUACUAGAUAACGUACAGAAACUCUUCCAUGAUGUCAGUAGUGGAGCAUUGUCUGAAAUGCCAUUGGAGGUACUUUUUAUCUUGUAGCCUUUUUGCUUUACACUGGCAAGCUCAAGUAAUUUUGAAACAGAAGAGCAGACAGACCAACUCUUCUGAUAUAACCAUGCAAAGGGCCAUUUACUACCCGGAUAUUUCAAAUAGUUUUUGAGACUGACUCUUUUGUCUGCUGGUAAUUUGUGGCCACCAGUUUGAAAGGUAGUAAAUUUAAAAUAACUUGGACAGCUUUAUGCUUCUUUUAGAGCUCAGUGCAACAGUAGAUUGCAACUUGGACUGAAAACAGUCACUUUUUUGCUGAAAAUCAGUUUCUCAAAAUCCAGACCUGUAGUUUGACUGUUCGCACGUACUUGAAUAUGCAAAAAUACGAACUGUUUUGCAGUCUAAUUGCAGCUUGUAUUGGGUAAGGUCACUGAUAACUAUUUUGUAUUUAACAGGUGCAGACAUUGGUUAUCAGGUCUUUGUCGAAUGCUCUUGUACUACCAUGGCCAAGUAAAGCUGAUAAUGAACAGGUAAGAGAGGUUAACACGAUUUGGUUCUCUUUGUUAAAGCACAGUAGUGAUGUCUACAAUUCCACAGUAGGUGAAAUAAAAUUAAGUCUAGAUGUGAAGUUUGAAGUAAUUUUUGCAGCAAAUGAGUCAUGCUGGCUGAGUUCUGCUUUUGAUGUAUAAAUGAGUGACUUUUAGUGUUUGUGCAGGCAUUGGCUUUAGCAAAUUGGCAUUGUGUAAGUUAGAGAUGUUUAGUGCAGCGAUGUUAACGUCAUGUUUUAUUCCUUAGCUGUUUUGUUUCAUUGGAAACGGAUGUUAAUAUUUUAGCUAACGUGAUCCACUUAUUAUGGACACUGGCUUCUGACCUCCUCAUUGUCUAUUAAUGGGAUUCAACUGCACUCAUUAUCCAGUCAUUUCAUUAUGGCAGACAAAUGCAAAUUAAUAAAGACGGUAACAAACCCCGGAAAUAAACAUAACAAGUAAGAAUCCCAACUAGCCAAGUCGAAGAGCAAAGCAGUUGGCUAUUUACAGGAGUGGCUGAGGAAUUAAACUUUGGUAUGCCGAGAACAAAUACAGCUAGUGGUUAGGCCUGGGCUUGUGACUAGAGAGGGGCUUUCAACCCCCUUGUGUUCUGCAUGCUUUGGGGUGCCAACCAGUGUUCAUGUUUAUCAAAUAGAAUACAAGAAAAUAGACAGCAGUCAGCAGAUCAACAGAAUAGCAGCUCAUUUCAUGCCCAAUGCCAAGGGUGUUGAAGCUUUUCCAGUCCUCUGUUUAUCCUCCCCUUGUUUCUUAUUCAGUCCCCAGAGGCACUACUGAUGACUGAACAAGAACCUUAGUUGCAAAACUUGUGCUGCCUUUUCUGUGAUGAUAGAUUAAACUUGGAACCGGCGUUCUUUAAGUUAAUGUUAGUGUCAAAAAAGGAACUAAUUCAUGUUGUUUGGACAAUAGGAGUGGGAGAUCCGGUCCCAAAGUCAUCAAAGGUUCAUACAGAGCAUCAAACAAACAUUCAAGAAUUUAGUGGAAACUCCAGGAAUCUCAGAAAACAAACAACUGCAGGAAAGUGGUGAGUUCUUGGAAUACCAUGAUUCCUAUCUAGUGAUUGUAGUAGAGGAAGCAAGAUCUAAAACACCAUCGACUUGAACGUUAGUUUGCUUGUGGGCCACUUUUUAAAUUUGCUAGUUGCUUUGACAAAGUUCAAAACUCCUUCACCUUCUGCUAUCCUAUGUUACUUGCCAAACACUGGGUAUGAUAACGUAGUAUAGAUGUCUACCUAUCAUAAAAAGAGGAACUUUUCUCAUGGCCCUUUUCUCUAAAAUGGCAAAAUGUAUAUGUCUCUACUAAAAAUCUUUAUUGAAUAUACCAUAACCAAAUAUUAAAAUUGGUAAAGGUGUCUGCAUCUAGAAACGACAACUUUAUUUCACAAGUUUUUGCCAUGCCUGAGUCAUUUUUAGCCCAGACAACGUUGCUUUUUUUACUGCCAAGCCUUGGGAAAAUUUGUUAGGGAUCGAAAACCACAUCUGCACUCUUAAAAAGCAGUUUGUGUGAUGGGCUGUUACCUGAAUUUUUGUCACACAGUCAAGUCCUCUACACCAUUCUAGAGGGACCUCUACAAGACAGUCAUCUAGAGAUUGUCCCUUGUGUUUCCCAGUGAUUUUUAUGACUCACUUUAAGUCAGACACUGCCUGUGCCAACAAGUUUCAUUUUCUUGAUAGUUUUCUGUAAUCACGAGAAACUAACUUUUGCCUACAUCCAGCCACAGCAUUCUGAUGGGCUGAUGAUUCUCUUGUUUCUUUUUCUUUAUUACAGCAAAGGCCCACAUAGAUUUCACACUCCAUGUGUUGGCAGAUUUAAUGGCUUCAGCAGCAGAAGACCAAGUUACCAAGACAAAACUCAUUCUGUACCAGUCUAUCGCAGAUGUAGUUCAACUUACUCUUACAAUCUUCCCCUUGUUUAUACACAAUCCAGGUAUGUCCAUACAGCAAAAUGUUGCUUAUUAGCGUAUCACUAUAUCCUUUUGUUCCCUGUAACCGAACUAAUUCCAUUCAAAAAAUUCAAUUCAAUUGAAACUAGCUACAGUCAAACUUUCCUUCUUGAGGCUGAAGCCUUUAAAUGCUGAUCCAGAUGACAAAAUCUUUUAUUUUCGCUAUCCUGUUUAAGAUAAGAGACAGUUUUUCGUGAUCCUGAUUCAUUUCAUGUUACACACCAAAUUAAGGAUAAUCUUUGAUGUACUGGUAGCUGACAUUAUAGAAGUUGACUGGUUACAUUAGAAGUUGACCAGCAUUUAGACCCUGUUCAUGGCUUCCAGUUAAAGAGACACCCUGUUCAAGACGUUAGAUUUUUUAACUGAAAAAUUGCUAAAAAUAAUAAUUGUGAAAUUGUUAAAAUCGUUGAACCCUGUUAAAGACUAAAUUAUACUUUAAGGGAGUGCAAUCUGAGAGUAAAUUACCAAUCACUCCCUGUUAACAGGUUGGUUGUUUUGCUUUUUGUUAUAGCUACCACUGAUUCAAUCCUGGGUUUCCUGUUGACACUUUUUGAGAGUCUGAAGGUGCAGAUAGGCCCAGCAGUGACAGAACAGAUAGUACAACAACUGCUUCAUUCCUUCACCCGACAGCAGCUUGCAGAGACACUACUGCAUGAGGGCACUGCGGGCUCACGUGUCAUCAACAAGUUCCUCAAGAUUCUUCAGCUGUUGGUCCAGGAACCUGCUUCUUCAUUCAAGACAUUCCUUCCCAAUAUCAUUGGACUUUGUAUGGAUCAGCUUUGCCCAAUUAUAAUCGAGGUAAGAAACGAUGGUCGCUGGAGUUAUAAGGCUUUCCUAAAAACGCCAUAAUAUUCUUGUGAGUGCAAGUUUUAAAAGCCUUAUGAGGUGGAAACGAACUCCAAUGUCCUUUUUUUCUUGGCACCAGUUGCUGGUGCCACUCAUUAACGUCUUCUCAAUUUUAAUAUAUUCCAUUAUAAACAAAAACUAAAAAGGUUUAGUCGUUAUGUUUUUUCAUUUCCUGAAUCCUGCUUUUCUUGUAAUAAGUAAUCUUUAAAGGUACAUUUUGAUUUAAAACGAGUAAAUAUUAAAGGAGCUGUGUCAUGAAAUUUGUCAAAAUUCUAACAGUAGGAACUGCCACAAAAUCGAGUGAAACAAAAAAUGUCCACUCAAGAUAUUAAAAGAUGGUAUACUAUAAAUAAUACAGCAAAUACAAAGUAAGGCACGGGUGGAGAAGCUUGAAGAAGAAAAGAGUGCAAUUGUGGGUUUUUUGAAACUUGCUGACCUAACAGGAACAGUGUUGUAAACUUCAUUUUUCUUGUUUGUAACCUUUGAUAUAAUACUUGGUAGGUAUAUUUGUUGGCCAAGAAGCUGUGAUUUUGUCAUUUACGAGUAAUUUCUUACCUUACGUUAGGUUUCAUAGUGCAUGAGGAAGCGUAAGUGGUAAUAUUAACAAACUGAACUAGACAGCUGUCCGUCCAACCUUAAUCGUCUGUUGUUUUGUAGUAGAUUCCGUCUUCGUUUACUAAAACAAUCACUUUUCUUACAUGUCUUCGCAAAGCAAUAUUAGCAUGGUUUUGGUUCGGAAUUUUUCAUUUUGUUCAGUACUUCAAGUGUGUGGUUCACUCAUGUUCUAAAAUCGUCUUGGUGUGAUUUUAAGCUGCUCUUUUUUCCCCUCAGCAACCCUGCCCUGAUAUAAAGUGUGAAUUUUAUGAGCUGCUCCAUCAACUGUUGCUUCAUAACUGGCGUUACUUCUUUCGUACAUCACUGCUGGCCAAGAUGUCUACAGGUGAAGAUACAGUAGAGAACCAGCCUCAGUUCACCGCCAUUAUGCAGGUAGGUCAUGUCCAAUUAAGUACUAGUAAUUCUCUUUGAGCCGCUUUUAGCAUUUUAGUGUAUAAAUGUUGGUUUGCUGUUUUAUGUGACAAAUCGAUAAAAUGGGCCAAGAAAUGAUCUUCAUUGACCAUGACGUUUUCCCCUUGUUGUUCCCCGUCACAUAUCGCAGAACAUGGAGUGACAAGAGUUUGUAGUAGUGAAGAAUUGGUUAUGACUUUGACAAAUAACUGUCACAUUAUGAUCAUUUAGACGCUGCCUCCUCCACAGUUCGUGUAGUCGACAGUGACUUAAAAGAAAUCUGGUAAUGAGCCGGCAUACAAAUGUUGUGCCACAUAGCAAUGUGACACAGAAUGGAACAAAAGGCUUUAAUACCGUCGUAUAAAUUGGUGUGAUAGAGAUGAUCCAUAAGCCCCACUGAGCGUAAACCCGAGUAAAGGAUAUAUGAGGAAAAGAAACAAUCGUUAAUUCUUGGUAGAGAUGGGACCCCACAACCUCUGAAUUAGAUUUACCAAAGAAGAAAGCUCUGUCGACUGAGCUACAGGGCCAGACAGGAGCAAUUUGUGAAUGAUUGAGGUCGUGAAUUGCAUCAGUGAGGGAGAGUAACGGGAACCCGAACGAUGUGAAAAUGGCAUUGACUGGAGGGAGAAAAAACGAAAGAAGAUAUGCACUGAAAAAUUGGAAGCCUUAUUUUUCCUGUCUUUCCCACCCAGCGUGCUCUCUCGCCUUCCCGAAUGAUUAUAUCAGUUUACUGGGUUUUAUAGAGUAAAGAGAAUUUCAUUUCUAAAAAUCCCUUUCUUGACCUCAAACAUUUUGUAAUACGUUAAAACCAAAAAAGUCUUGCUAUACCUUUAUUUUCGUUUUCUUAUCUUUAUUACAUUGCAGGCAUUUGGACAGUCUUUUCUGCAACCUGAUAUCACAAUAUUCAAACAAAACCUAGAAGCAUUAGAAAACCUUAACUCCAAGUUGAAACUUUAUCAGAAGGUAGGUAUAGUACAUGCCCUUAUAAUUAUUAUAAGGGAUAUUGGGGGUUGCUUGAGUAUAUAGUUUUAAAGGACCUUAUCUUAUUGGGAUAAAACCUUGAUAAGUGAUGGUGACUUUUAGUGAGCAUGGCCCUUAUCAAAGGAUAAUACGAAAGUAAACUUCUCAAUUCCUUGACUGGUCCGUUCAUUCGACUGAAAGUGAUUUGAUUUUUUGUUGUUUUGUCCUUCUCCAUCCAUCUUUUGCUAACCCAAACCUGAUAGCCUUAAUUUUUUCGCCUUCUUCAGACAAUCUUCAAAGACCUCAUGCUUCUCCAGUUCUUAAACGUUCUCCUUCAAGCUCUGGUGUACAGAUCACAUGACUUGUUACAGGAAGAGAUAACCAUCACUCUUUACAACAUGGCGGCCGUGGACUUUGACUCUUUCUACUCUGCGUUUUUACCUCGUUUUCUUGGCGGCUGCGAGGGCCUUACAGACUCGCAGAAGACUGAACUAGGGAAUAAUUUUACUCCGGACAAGGUAAUUGCAGUGAACGGUAUCAUAAUGAACAAAAUUAGUGAUACAGGCCUUUAAAAUCCACUCAGAAAAUGCAAGACAUGUGUCUAUUCAUUUUUUUUUACUUUCCCCUGCUGUGAGGUACUCACAAUGAAGGUAUCUCUCUUCCUUUGCCUUUCCUUAUACACUCAGUUCUCUAACCCUGACUCCCAGGCAAAACAAAUAACAGCCGUUUGACUGAAAUAAACUCCAGAUUUAGGUGACUCUCACUUGCCGUCGCGAGGGUGUCCGAUCAAAGGCUGAGCACUUGAACUCGUUUUGAUACAGAGGCCCGGGGGGAACUCAGAAAUGGUCUGUUGGCUCAUGAUUUGUGCAUUGUUAUAUCGGUGUAUUAAGGACCAAAGCCAGCUACAGUUCGGUAGUCAGUACAGUUGUGCUUCCUUGACUUUAGGGCCCAGUUGGUCGAAGGCUGAUUAGUGCUUAACCCAGGGUUAAAUUUAACCGGGUUUUUUGUUCUCUUGUUCAAAAGCAUUUUCUUGGAUAAUUUUCUCUGUUAUUUUAAGAGCAUCCAAUCAUCAACUUUUUAACAAAAAGAAUUAAACUGAAUUUAGUUUUUAAGCUUUCAUACCUGAAUUCAAAUUCCGAACUACCCCUGGGUUAUCUUAACCCUGCUUUGAACAACCCGGCCCUGAGCAUUUUACGAUGCUCCUUAGACAAUUUCUGAGUACCUAUUUCUCGUGUCCACCACAUACGUUAGAAACAAAGUUUUUGAUUUACAAAACUGUACUUUGACUCACAUUGUAAUUUUCAAAACACUUAUUUGCCAGUGUCAUAGCAAAGUUGUAAUGUGAUUUAAAAUAUUAGCAAGAGAGGCCGAAAAUGCCCGUAUGGCAUGCCUUCUCCCCGUUCACUGACCCUCUUGAGCUUUUGCCAGGACGAUGAAAACCGAACCACGAUACUGACUUUGAAUUUUUUUCUUUAGGACUUACCAUCGUUUACGCAGAGCAUUCACCGAUUUGUAGGCGAUUUACGGUAUUAUAGACUGUGCAACAGCAGCUUGCCAUCUGGGACAGUCAACUUUUAAAGUCACGGCAUUGGGUUAUUUUAAAGGCACAAGGCCUGUGUAAUAUAUACUCGUAUAAUAUUGGCAAAAUAAGUUGUGUGCAACAAGAAUUGAAUAUUUUAAUAUAUUUUUGUAUGUACACCAGUCGGCAUGAAUUUUAUUUGUGAGGAGGAUAUCAAAUGAAGUAUUUUGUAUAAAACAAUGUUGUGUGUAUAAAUUUUAGUAGA